CAAGAGAUUAAUGAACAGUAGAAAGAAGGAAGACUGGGAGUGCCAUUUCAGUAAAGAUCGACGACUGGCGCAUUCAUCUAAAUUUGUGCUUUCACCUCCUGGCAUAGUCACCUUUACCAACAUGUCCACUCUAAAAUCAGUUCUGGUUGUUUUGAUGCUUGUAAUUUCCACUAUGGCACAAGGAGAUGCUGCAAAUCGGGCUUCAUCUGGAGGAGGCCCUCGUUACCUACAACCAUGGUUGCUAGGGCUUACUGCCGUGGUCGUGUUCCUCUUCAUCGUCUUCGUUUUGAUGAUUGUGAACAGACUGUGGUGCAAAAAAGAAAAGGAUGGGUACGGUAGGGAGAACAAGAAGAGAGAAAGAGCUGAAAUGAAUGCCUAUGAAAAUGAAGCACUUGAUGAAGAAGAGGGUGGGAAGAUGAAGAUGGAGGUGGCCAAUGGAAAAAAGGAAGAAAAGGGAAGUAAUGAAGAGAAGGUCACAGUCAUGUGAAAAAGAGCUAAAAGAGACAUUAAUCUUCCCUCUUCAACCUAUAUUAAUACUUGCCAACUAAAAGUGCAAAACUAAUGUAUAUAGAGCGUAUUGUUCUUUUUCACAAUGACGUGAAGGUAGUUAAAACACAAUUGAACUACUUAGGUCGGUAUGUAUCAUUGCAAUUUUGGCCAACCCUGCCGAGAAUUCAUUCAUCAUGCACAUAUUACUGAUAUAUGCAUAUGGAAAUUUGAGUGGUCAUAAUGCCCCAUGCAUGAAAUAAUUACCAAAGAAAAGUAGAGGGACUUUUGUUGUCAUAUUUAUAAUGGAAGUGAUCAAAUACAUUACUCAUAAAUA